CUUUGGGGAAGCCGCGGCGGCCGCGGUCACCGCCGACUCAGUUCCCUUCAUGCGGCUGUGAGUUUCGAGGCUGACCAUGCGGACCCGGCUCCCUCCAGCGCUUGCCGCCCUGGGCGCGGCCCUGUUCUUGUCUUCCAUCGAGGCAGAAGUUGAUCCACCGUCAGACUUGAAUUUUAAAAUUAUAGAUGAAAAUACCGUUCAUAUGUCAUGGGCGAGACCAUCUGAUCCAAUUGUGGGUUACAGAAUAACAGUGGACCCUACCACUGAUGGGCCUACUAAAGAAUUUACUCUUGCAGCGAGUACCACGGAGACUUUAUUAUCAGACCUUAUACCUGAAAUAGAGUAUGUGGUGACAAUCACCUCAUAUGAUGAAGUAGAAGAAAGUGUACCAGUUAUAGGCCAAUUAACAAUUGAAACAGGUGGUCCCUCGAAGCCUGGGAAGAAACCUGGAAAAGCAGAGAUACAAAAAUGCUCUGUCAGUGCCUGGACUGAUUUAGUGUUCCUAGUUGAUGGCUCAUGGAGUGUCGGAAGAAAUAAUUUCAAGUACAUUUUAGAUUUUAUUGCUGCUCUUGUGUCUGCAUUUGACAUUGGUGAAGAGAAGACAAGGGUUGGAGUUGUUCAGUACAGCUCUGAUACCAGGACUGAAUUUAACUUAAAUCAGUACUACCAAAGGGAUGAACUUCUUGCUGCAAUUAAACAAAUCCCAUAUAAAGGUGGAAACACAAUGACAGGGGAUGCCAUUGAUUACUUAGUUAAAAAUACUUUCACUGAAUCUGCUGGAGCAAGAGUUGGCUUUCCUAAAGUGGCAAUUAUUAUUACGGAUGGCAAAUCCCAGGAUGAAGUGGAAAUUCCAGCCAGAGAGCUUCGCAAUAUUGGGGUUGAAGUUUUCUCUUUGGGCAUUAAAGCUGCAGAUGCAAGGGAACUCAAACAAAUUGCCUCCACACCUUCACUAAACCAUGUUUUCAACGUGGCUAACUUUGAUGCCAUUGUGGACAUUCAGAAUGAGAUCAUCUCCCAGGUGUGCUCAGGGGUCGAUGAACAGCUUGGUGAACUGAUCAGUGGAGAAGAAGUUAUUGAACCUCCUUCAAAUUUGGUUGCGAUGGAAGUUUCAUCAAAAUACAUUAAGCUAAGCUGGAAUCCAUCUCCCAGUCCGGUGACUGGCUAUAAAGUGCUCCUCACACCCAUGACCACCGGAAGCCGACAGCAUGUUCUCAGUGUGGGGCCCCAGACAACCAUGCUUAGCGUGCGUGACCUGUCAGCAGACACAGAGUAUCAGAUAAGUGUUUCUUCCAUGAAGGGACUGACAACCAGUGAACCGGUUUCAAUAAUGGAGAAGACUCAGCCAAUGAAAGUUCAAGUGGAAUGCUCACGUGGUGUGGACAUUAAGGCUGACAUUGUGUUUUUAGUUGAUGGUUCCUAUAGCAUUGGAAUUGCAAACUUUGUUAAAGUUCGAGCCUUUUUGGAAGUUCUUGCGAAGAGUUUUGAGAUUUCACCGAAUAGGGUACAGAUAAGUCUUGUCCAGUAUAGCCGGGAUCCGUAUACUGAGUUUACUUUGAAAAAAUUUAAUAAAGUUGAAGACAUAAUUGAAGCAAUCAACACCUUCCCCUACAGAGGAGGAUCUACAAACACUGGCAAAGCAAUGACAUAUGUCAGAGAGAAAAUAUUUGUGCCUAGCAAGGGUUCAAGAAGCAACGUACCAAAGGUCAUGAUUCUUAUCACUGAUGGAAAAUCUUCAGAUGCUUUCAGAGAUCCUGCUAUAAAACUUAGGAACUCGGAUGUUGAAAUCUUUGCAGUUGGUGUGAAAGAUGCCGUGCGUUCAGAGUUGGAAGCUAUUGCCUCUCCUCCUGCCGACACACAUGUGUUCACAGUGGAAGAUUUUGAUGCUUUUCAGAGGAUAUCUUUUGAACUUACACAGUCUAUCUGCCUUAGAAUUGAGCAAGAAUUGGCAGCUAUCAAGAGAAAAGCUUACGUGCCUCCAAAGGAUCUUAGAUUUUCUGAGGUGACUUCUUACAGUUUCAAAACAAAUUGGUCUCCUGCUGGAGAAAAUGUUUAUUCAUACCACAUCACCUACAAAGAAGCUGCUGGGAAUGAUGCAGUUACCGUGGUGGAGCCAGCAUCCAGCACCAGCGUUAUCCUCAACAACCUGAAGCCAGAGACCCUGUACUUGGUCAAUGUGACUGCAGAGUAUGAGGAUGGCUUCAGCGUUCCCUUGUCAGGAGAGGAGACCACUGGAGAAGUAAAGGGAGCACCUCGAAACUUAAAGGUGACAGACGAGACCACGGAUAGCUUUAAAAUCACUUGGACUCAAGCUCCAGGGCGAGUUUUAAGGUAUCGAAUUAGAUAUAGACCAAUUCCAGGUGGAGAAAGCAGAGAGGUUACUACACCAGCCAAUCAGAGGAGAAGAACAUUGGACAACUUGACUCCAGACACAAAAUAUGAAGUUUCUGUAAUUCCUGAAUAUUUCUCUGGACCUGGCACACCAUUAACUGGAAAUGCAGCCACUGAAGAAGUUAGAGGGAAUCCUAGAGACUUACAAGUUUCUGACCCUACAACAUCAACUAUGAAAUUAUCUUGGAGCGGAGCACCAGGAAAAGUCAAACAGUACCUUGUCACGUACACUCCAGAGUCAGGAGGUGAAACUCAGGAGGUCACUGUGAGGGGAGAUACAACCAGUGCAGUGCUGACAGGACUACAGGAAGGAACCAAAUACGCCUUAUCUGUAACAGCCUUAUAUGCAUCUGGGGCUGGAGAGGCCCUUGAAGAAGAAGGAAAAACACUUGAAGAACGUGGUUCACCUAAGGAUUUAAUUACUAAAGAUAUCACUGACACAUCAAUUGGAGCUUAUUGGACAUCUGCUCCAGGAAUGGUACGAGGUUACAGAGUGUCAUGGAAAUCACUUUAUGAUGAUAUCGAGACUGGAGAGAAAAAUCUUCCUGGAGAUGCGAUUCAUACUGUGAUAGAAAAUCUGCAGCCAGAGACCAAAUACAGAAUUUCUGUAUUUGCCACUUACAGCAGUGGAGAAGGAGAACCUUUGAGUGGAGAAGCCACAACUGAAUUGUCCCAGGAUUCUAAAACCUUGAAAGUGGAUGAAGAAACAGAGAAUACAAUGAGAAUUACCUGGAAACCUGCUCCGGGGAAAGUGGUCAACUACCGUGUCGUGUAUCGCCCCCGUGGGGGUGGGAGACAGAUGGUCGCUAAAGUGCCACCCACCGUCACCUCAACAGUGUUGAAGCGUCUUCAACCCCAGACCACGUAUAACAUCACUGUUCUCCCAAUGUAUAAGACCGGAGAAGGAAAACUUCGGCAAGGAUUUGGAACAACAGCGUCUCGAUUUAAGUCACCCAGAAACCUCAAAACUUCUGACUCAACCAUGUCAAGCUUCCGAGUGACUUGGGAGCCUGCCCCUGGGGAAGUGAAGGGUUAUAAAGUCACCUUCCACCCCACGGGGGAUGACAGGAGACUGGGGGAGCUCGUGGUUGGACCAUAUGACAACACGGUGGUUUUGGAGGAACUUAGGGCAGGUACCACCUAUAAAGUAAAUGUUUUUGGAAUGUUUGAUGGAGGAGAGAGCUCACCACUUGUUGGACAAGAAAUGACAACUCUUUCUGACACAACUGUAAUACCAAUUUUAUCCUCUGGGAUGGAAUGUCUCACCAGAGCUGAAGCAGACAUUGUGCUGCUGGUGGAUGGAUCUUGGAGCAUUGGCCGGGCAAACUUCAGAACCGUGAGGAGUUUCAUUUCUCGUAUUGUGGAAGUCUUUGAGAUUGGCCCCAAAAGAGUUCAAAUUGCCCUGGCACAAUAUAGUGGGGACCCCAGAACUGAGUGGCAGUUAAAUGCUCACCGAGACAAGAAGAGCUUGUUGCAAGCGGUGGCAAAUUUACCAUACAAAGGAGGCAACACUCUCACAGGCAUGGCUUUGAAUUUUAUUCGCCAGCAGAACUUUAGGACUCAAGUUGGCAUGAGGCCUCGAGCUAGAAAAAUUGGUGUUCUCAUCACUGAUGGAAAAUCACAGGAUGAUGUUGAAGCACCCUCGAAGAAACUCAAGGAUGAAGGCGUGGAGCUCUUUGCUGUUGGUAUUAAGAAUGCGGAUGAAGUUGAGUUAAAGAUGAUAGCAACAGAUCCUGAUGACACCCAUGCAUACAACGUGGCUGAUUUUGAGUCCCUCUCCAGGAUUGUGGACGACCUCACUAUUAACUUGUGUAACAGUGUCAAAGGUCCAGGUGACUUGGAAGCACCUUCUAACCUAGUUAUUUCUGAGCGAACCCAUCGUUCUUUUAGAGUGAGCUGGAGACCUCCUUCAGACAGUGUGGAUAGAUAUAAGGUGGAAUUCUACCCAGUUUCUGGAGGGAAACGUCAAGAAUUUUAUGUGAGUCGAUUGGAAACAAGCACAGUCCUAAAAGAUCUGAAACCAGAAACUGAGUAUGUUGUUAAUGUGUAUUCUGUAGUAGAAGAUGAAUAUAGUGAGCCCCUGAAAGGCACAGAAAAAACCUUGCCAGUCCCAGUAGUCAGUGUGAAUAUUUAUGAUGUUGGCCCAACCACCAUGCGUGUGCAGUGGCAGCCCGUUGGAGGAGCGACUGGCUACACCGUGUCUUAUGAGCCCGUCAACAGCAGAGAACCAACAAAACCCAAAGAGAUGCGUGUGGGUCCAACAGCCAAUGGGGUGCAGCUGACCGACCUCCUUCCCAAUACAGAGUACAAAGUCACAGUGCAGGCCGUUCUGCAUGACCUCACCAGUGAUCCUGUGACUGCUCGGGAAGUUACCUUGCCUUUACCCAGACCUCGAGAUCUGAAACUCAGAGACGUGACUCAUAGCACCAUGAAUGUCUUUUGGGAAACUGCGCCUGGAAAAGUGCGUAAAUAUAUUGUAAGAUACAAAGCACCAGAAGAGGAUUUUAAAGAGGUAGAGGUGGACAGGUCAAGGACCAGCACUCCUCUCAAAGAACUCUUCUCACAAACCCAGUACACAGUCAGUGUAUCUGCCGUGUAUGACGAGGGGGAAUCUUCCCCAGUGACUGCUCAAGACACUACGCGCCCUGUACCAGCUCCAACAAACCUAAGGAUUUCAGAAGUAACACCAGAGAGUUUCAGAGGAACUUGGGACCAUGGUGCUUCAGAUGUGUCUCUCUACAGAGUAACUUGGGCACCUUUUGGUAGCUCAGAUAAGAUGGAGACCAUUUUGAAUGGAGAUGAAAAUACUUUGGUGUUUGAAAACCUGGCCCCGAACACUCUGUAUGAAGUUUCUGUGACGGCCAUCUAUCCUGAUGAGUCAGAGAGUGAUGACUUGUCUGGCAGUGAGCGCACAUUGCGCCUGAUACCCUUGACAACACAGGCUCCAAAAAGUGGCCCAAGAAACCUUCAGGUAUAUAAUGCAACAUCCAGCAGCUUGACUGUUAAGUGGGAACCUGCUAGUGGUCGUGUGCAGAAAUACAGAAUCACGUAUCAGCCAUCAACAGGGGAAGGCAACGAGCAAACGGCCACGAUUGGAGGACGUCAGAGCAGUGUGGUACUACAGAAACUGAAGCCUGAUACUCCUUAUACCAUCACAGUGUCUUCCCUUUACCAUGACGGUGAGGGAGGUAGGAUGACCGGAAGAGGCAAGACCAAACCUCUGAGUACCGUGAAGAACCUAAGAGUGUAUGAUCCUUCUACCAGCUCUUUAAGUGUCCGCUGGGACCACGCGGAGGGAAAUCCUCGUCAGUACAAGCUCUUCUAUGCACCUGCAGGUGGUCCAGAAGAAAUGGUGCCAAUCCCUGGGAAUACCAAUUAUGCCAUUCUCAGGAAUCUGCAGCCAGAUACUCCAUAUACUGUUACAGUAGUUCCUGUUUAUAAUGAAGGUGAUGGAGGAAGAACAUCAGAUAAUGGAAGGACAUUGGUAAGAGGACUGGCGAGAAACAUCCAAGUGUACAAUCCUACACCCAAUAGCCUAGAUGUUCGCUGGGACGCUGCACCUGGCCCUGUACAACAGUAUCGUAUUGUGUAUUCCCCUCUGACUGGCUCAAGACCCUCAGAAUCUAUUGUGGUGCCAGGAGGUUCCCGCUCAGUGAAUCUGGAGCGGCUGAUUCCGGACACACCCUAUGAUGUGAAAAUCAUCGCUAUCUACUCGGAUGGAGAGGGGAAUCCCAGUCCUGGCCAAGGCCGAACACUCCCACGAAGUGGACCAAGAAACCUUCGAGUCUUUGGGGAGACAACCAAUAGCCUCUCUGUCACUUGGGAUCAUGCUGAUGGGCCUGUUCAGCAGUACCGGAUCAUUUAUUCACCCACCGUUGGUGAUCCAAUUGAUGAAUAUACCACAGUUCCAGGCAGAAGAAAUAAUGUAAUACUGCAACCCCUUCAGUCUGAUACUCCAUAUAAAAUUACUGUUAUUGCUGUUUAUGAAGAUGGAGAUGGUGGACAUCUAACAGGAAAUGGACGGACUGUGGGACUACUUCCUCCUCAGAACAUACACAUUUCAGAUGAAUGGUAUACGAGAUUUCGAGUAUCCUGGGACCCUUCACCCUCUCCAGUUCUUGGAUAUAAAAUUGUAUAUAAGCCAGUGGGUUCCAAUGAACCCAUGGAAGUAUUUGUUGGAGAAGUAAGAUCAUAUACAUUACACAAUCUGAACCCUAGUACUACCUAUGAUGUGAAUGUUUAUGCUCAGUAUGAUUCUGGACUCAGUGUUCCCCUGAUGGAUCAAGGCACUACAUUAUACUUAAAUGUGACAGAUCUGAAAACUUACCAGGUGGGAUGGGAUACUUUCUGUGUCCGAUGGUCACCUCACCGGGCAGCCACCUCCUACAGACUAAAACUGAACCCUGCAGAUGGAACCAGAGGACAAGAGAUCACAGUGCGUGGAUCAGAAACCAGUCACUGCUUCACUGGUCUUUCACCAGACUCUGAUUAUGGCAUCACUGUAUUUGUACAGACACCUAAUCUUGAGGGACCUGGUGUGCCUGUCAGAGAACAUACUACUUUAAAACCAACAGAAGCCCCUACAGAGCCACCUACACCUCCUCCUCCUCCUACAAUUCCACCAGCUCGGGACGUGUGCAAAGGGGCCAAGGCAGAUAUUGUAUUCUUAACUGAUGCCUCCUGGAGUAUCGGGGAUGAUAAUUUUAACAAGGUUGUGAAAUUCAUCUUCAAUACUGUGGGAGCCUUUGAUGAAAUCAAUCCUGCUGGAAUUCAGGUUUCAUUUGUGCAGUACAGUGAUGAAGUCAAGUCCGAGUUCAAGCUGAACACAUAUAAUGACAAAGCCCAAGCCCUUGGUGCACUACAGAAUAUUAGGUACAGAGGAGGAAACACAAGAACAGGUAAAGCACUCACAUUUAUCAAAGAGAAGGUCUUGACCUGGGAGAGUGGCAUGAGGAAGAAUGUCCCUAAGGUACUAGUGGUUGUCACUGAUGGUCGGUCACAAGAUGAGGUCAAGAAGGCAGCCUUUGUCAUCCAACAGUCAGGCUUCAGUGUUUUUGUAGUUGGUGUGGCAGAUGUUGAUUAUAACGAGCUUGCUAACAUUGCCAGCAAACCAAGUGAACGGCAUGUGUUCAUUGUGGAUGACUUUGAAUCUUUUGAGAAGAUUGAAGACAACCUCAUUACAUUUGUCUGUGAAACUGCCACUUCAAGUUGUCCUCUCAUUUAUUUGGAUGGCUAUACCUCACCAGGUUUUAAGAUGCUUGAAGCAUACAACCUAACAGAAAAGAACUUUGCUUCUGUACAAGGAGUUUCUUUGGAAUCAGGGUCUUUCCCCAGCUACUCAGCAUACAGACUUCAGAAAAAUGCCUUUGUGAAUCAGCCUACAGCAGAGCUACAUCCGAAUGGACUCCCUCCUUCCUACACAAUUAUAUUAUUGUUUAGACUUCUCCCAGAAACUCCCACUGAUCCUUUCGCAAUUUGGCAAAUUACAGACAGAGACUACAAACCACAAGUUGGAGUGAUCGCAGAUCCUUCUAGCAAAACGUUAUCAUUCUUUAACAAGGAUACAAGAGGUGAAGUGCAGACAAUUACAUUUGAUACAGAUGAAGUGAAGACAUUAUUUUAUGGAAGUUUUCAUAAGGUUCACAUUGUCGUGACCUCAAAAAGUGUCAAAAUUUACAUUGACUGCUAUGAAAUCAUAGAAAAAGACAUCAAGGAAGCUGGAAAUAUCACAACUGAUGGUUAUGAAAUUCUUGGAAAACUACUCAAAGGUGAAAGAAGAUCAGCCACAUUCCAAAUACAGAAUUUUGAUAUUGUUUGCAGUCCAGUGUGGACCAGUAGAGACAGAUGCUGUGAUAUUCCCUCUAGGAGAGAUGAAGCAAAAUGCCCUGCCCUACCAAAUGCUUGUACAUGCUCACAGGAUAGCAUUGGACCUCCAGGACCACCUGGGCCUGCGGGAGGACCAGGUGCUAAAGGUCCCAGAGGUGAAAGAGGCAUCAGUGGCGCAGUUGGGCCCCCUGGUCCUCGUGGAGAUACGGGUCCUCCAGGCCCUCAGGGUCCUCCAGGCCCCCAGGGACCCAAUGGACUUUCUAUUCCUGGAGAACAAGGUCGCCAAGGGAUGAAAGGUGACGCUGGAGAGCCAGGACUUCCGGGCCGAAUAGGAACCCCAGGAUUACCGGGUCCACCAGGACCAACUGGACCUCCGGGAGAUAGAGGUUUUACUGGAAAAGAUGGUGCAAUGGGACCAAGGGGUCCACCUGGGCCACCGGGAACCCCAGGCUCUCCAGGAGUCACAGGACCAAGUGGGAAACCAGGAAAACCUGGAGACCAUGGCAGACCGGGUCCAUCUGGAUUGAAGGGAGAAAAGGGAGAUAGAGGAGACAUCGCAUCCCAGAACAUGAUGCGAGCAGUUGCAAGACAAGUUUGUGAACAGCUGAUAAAUGGUCAGAUGAAUAGAUUCAAUCAGAUGCUGAAUCAGAUUCCAAAUGAUUAUCACUCUAGUCGCAACCAGCCAGGACCACCAGGUCCUCCAGGACCUCCUGGCAGUUCCGGAGCCAGGGGAGAACCAGGACCUGGAGGUCGACCAGGCUUCCCUGGUACCCCAGGGAUGCAGGGACCCCCAGGUGAAAGAGGUUUGCCAGGAGAGAAAGGUGAAAGGGGCGUUGGAUCAUCAGGUCCCCGAGGGCCGCCUGGCCCCCCAGGUCCUCAAGGAGAAUCCAGAACAGGCCCACCAGGCUCCACAGGCUCAAGAGGACCUCCUGGCCCUCCAGGUCGUCCUGGAAACUCAGGUAUCCGUGGUCCUCCGGGUCCACCAGGAUACUGUGACUCAUCCCAGUGUGCCAGCAUCCCAUACAAUGGGCAAGGCUAUCCAGAGCCUUACGUGCCCGAGGGCGGGGCCUACCUGCCUGAGCGCGAGCCCUUCAUCGUGCCCGUGGAACCCGAGCAGCCAGCCGAGGAGGAGUACGAGGACUAUGGUGCGGACCAGCCUGCGGACCAGCAUCCUCUCCAUGCGCGUUGGAGGCGCGCCCUGCCCGGCGGCCCCCGGCAAUGAACCUGAGACCUGGCGCAUUGCAGCCAGGCUGGGGGGAGGUGUGGGGGAUUCUCAUUUACAGGUCAGAUAGAGCAGUGUACGUGUCUUAUCUGCGAUUUGUAUUUUUUCCGGCGCUGCCUCAUCCAAGAGCACCCUCUCUGACCGGAGAGAGCCUUGUUUCUUCCAGGAAGCCUAGCUCACAGCACAGUCUAUAGACAUGUCUUUGCCCUUGAAACGCUUGCAAAAACACUUAUUCCCAAAAGCUGCAAGGAGAGAGGGUGCUGGAUGCCUUGUGUGUCAGCACCGUGGGCAGCUUCGGUGAAACUCGUAGGUGAGGCAGUAAGUUCUGGAACCCAGAACACGACUGUUUCUUUCCAGAGGGCAUAUGAUCUUUUCCAAUACCUAUUUGCAAUUCAAUCACACCACGAUUCAAAAGAAUUCCCCUCCUGAAACCGAAAAGUAAGAGAAAACACAACUCCGUUGUCAUUAUUUAUCUUCUUCUUCUACCUUCUGUUAUCCAUUAGGGCAUAGAAUGCUCUUAUCUCCUUUAACAACCACAAACCUUAAGCCAUGUAGCUGAAAUUAUGGUAUCAACUGGAUACAGUUCCAUAUUGCCUUAAACCUCCUUGUUUUAGACACACUAACAUUUAUGCCAAAUUGCAGAUUAUUCUGCAGAGAUGGAAUUGCAUGUUUGUGUUGUAUAUUUAGUAUGAACUUUUUUUUUUUCAGAACAUAAUGUUUCUUAGUUAUCGAAAGCAGUUGGAAAAUGUUUGCAAGACUAUGAACAUAGAAUUGCUGCUUUUAUAUUUUAACUGCAGAUUGUGAAUUUCACUGCCUUAUAUUAUUUAUUUCUGAAACAAAAGAGGCAUUUUUCAAUAAAACUACUGAAAAUUUA